AUGAUCAAAGUCCUCGCCCAGCUACAGAACCUUCAUUGUGGUAACGAUAGCCAAGGCGUUUCCAAGAAGGUCUCCAUCCAUGCUUCAUCCGUUGGAUAUGCCAACUACAUGGCGUCCAUGCGGCUCAAGAAGAUUGAACUAAAGGUCAAGGAGGCUAAGAAGAGAAGGGUCUUACAGAUGAGAAAGUUGAUACGACUUUCCCUUCGGAAAUUAGCAAGCCUGCUACAGCGACGUACCGUACUCCUGACUUGA